CUAAGGCGGAAACUGCUCACUGGAAGUACCUGUUUUACCCGACCCCUCCAGGCUGGAAAACGGAAAGGUUCGGAAUUUGCCUCUGCGCCAUCUUUUUUGCCUGUUACCUGAGACGUCCUUGGAAUUUAUUACUGUUAUCUCCAUUUGAGUUCUAGCUGCUCUUUCUAUGUGAUGGAGGUGAAUCUUCUGCCUAUCAUGAAGCAGAAUCUGAAACUUUCUGAGGAGAGCAUUUGAGCUUCAGAUUUCUAACAGUCUGUGUGCCCAGCUGAGUUUGUUGAAAGCCUUGGUCCCUGAAGUCCUAAACUACAUGCAAGAAAGCUAUAGAGGAAGGAGUUGGGGAUCAGAGGCCGCACACGUUAAGACUGCAAGCUAUCCAAGAUAAAUUGAGUUCUCAUCUGGUCAAUAUUCAUCCUCUUUGCAACAAAAUAGACCAGUAGCUGAAGUCAACUGCAAUCCUUCAUGAUGUUUCCCUUGGCCAGAAAUGCACUAAGCAGUCUCAAGAUUCGAAGCAUUCUGCAAAUUAUGGCAAGACAGAGCCAUGUAAAACACUCACCAGAUUUUCAUGAUAAAUACGGUAAUGCUGUGCUAGCCAGUGGAACCGCUUUCUGUGUUGCUACAUGGGUGUUUACAGCCACUCAGAUUGGAAUAGAAUGGAACCUAUCCCCUGUUGGCAGAGUUACCCCAAAAGAGUGGAAACAUCAGUAACCAUCACAGUUGCUGUAAUGACAGAAUUGUUUAAAAAACCAACUUGUCAUGUAAGCACUCUACUGCUUAUUAAAAUAUAGCACAAUU